CGUCAGCUUGAGGAGCUCCUUUCGACUGGGUUUCAUUAAGCCCAGUAACUCCCCUUGGGGUGCACCUGUCCUCUUUGCUCGCAAAGCGGACGGAACUCUCCGCCUCUGCAUCGACUAUCGUGGCCUUAACCGUUACACGGUUAAGAACAACUAUCCCAUGCCCCGUGCGGAUGAGCUGUUUGACUGUCUGGCAGGCAACCGCUUCUUCACGAAGAUCAGUCUUCGUAGCGGUUACCACCAGAUCCGCGUUGCCACAGAGGAUCAACCGAAAACCGCCUUCCGAUCCCGCUUCGGCCACUACGAGUUCACGGUGAUGCCAUUCGGCCUCACCAAUGCACCCGCCACCUUCCAGACGGUGAUGAAUGACAUCUUCAGGGACAUCCUUGAAGAAUACGUUCUCGUAUACCUGAACGACAUCCUGGUCUACAGUCGUACCUUAGAAGACCAUCUCAGACACCUCCGCGAUGUCCUACAGCGCUUACACAAGCAUGGCUUCUAUGCCAAGCUCAGUAAGUGCCGCUUUGCCCACCGCAAAGUGGACUUCCUAGGACACCAUGUGUCUGACCAGGGUCUCCACAUGGACGACGCGAAGAUCACUGCUAUUGCAGAGUGGCCCAUCCCCGCAUCUGCCAAGCAGCUUCGCAGUUUCCUAGGCCUCACCAGCUACUAUAGUAAUUUUAUCCAGGGAUACGCUAGUUUCACCACUCAGCCCAUCAAGGGUGAAAUGAACCGCGUCGCCGAUGCCUUGUCCCGCCGUCCUGAUCACAAUCAGGAACCCAUCCAUCUUGCUGCCAUCUCCAUCACCACUGUUCAUCAGUCGGUGAUCGACGCGUAUCGCACUCAGUACCGCCACUGCCCCGAUUAUCGCGUCAUCCACGCGACAAUGCGGAGUGGCAAGACCGCUCCUUCCUACUCCCUCGGGGAGAACGGCCUCGUGUACUGGCAUGGCAGAUCUAGUCAGCUAGAACCACGUAUCUGCGUUCCCUCAACCAGACAGCUCCGCGUCCGGGCUGUAGCAGAGUUCCAUGACCAGGCAGUUGCAGGUCAUAUGGGUUUCCACAAGUCCAAGGACUUUGUCAAAACCUACAUCCAGGAGUGUCCUACUUGCCAGGAGUCCAUCUCGAUGGAUUUCAUUGGUCCCCUCCGCCCACCCACUGAGCGCGGUCAUGAUGCUAUCUUGGUCGUCGUCGAUCGCUUCACGAAGCGUGCACGUUUUGUCGCGUGCCGCUAUCGCAUUAGCGCUCGUGAGGUCGCCGACAUCGUCUUCGACCGAGUCGUGAGAGAUCACGGCUUACCUCCGAGCAUCAUCUCCGACCGUGACCCGUGCUUUACCAGCACAUUCUGGCGACGCCUACACGAGGUGUACGGAUCCCAGCUCCGCUUCUCAUCGUCUUACCACCCUCAGACGGAUGGUCCGACUGAGGUCACCAAUAAAACUCUCGGUAAUAUCCUCCGAAAAUUUGUUAGGGAUGACCAGCAGUGGGACUUACACUUAGCCCACGCGGAGAUUGCGUACAACUACGCUGUUUCACCAACCACGGGGAUGUCGCCAUUCUAUUGCGACCUCGACUAUCACCCUCGCGUACCCGCGGAUUUCCUACGACCAUCGCGGUUGCGCCCAGACACUCGUUGCCCUGCGCUUGACGGCUGGAUCGCCCACAUGGCGGCGAUUAUGAAGCGCGCACAUGAGAGUUUAGCCGACUCCCAGACUCGCAUGGCCGCACGAGCAAACCGAUCACGAAUGGAUCAUCCAUUCAAAGUCAGUGACGAUGUGCUCGUCGACGCACGCCACUUACAACUCGAAGCAGAUACGCUUCGCAAGUUCAGGCGUCGUUUCUUCGGUCCAUGCCCCAUCCUUCAGGCCGUCAGUUCUGAUACUGCCGCUAGUCCGGUCAGCUUCCGUGUGAAGCUACCUGAUUACCUUCGACAGGCUCGCUUACACGAUGUUUACCACGUCUCCUUGCUGCGUCCUUAUCGCAGACCGUCUGAGCGCUUUGCUGGACGCCCUUAUGAGCGCUCUCCACCUAUCAUGGUGGACGGUCACGAGGAGUUCGUUGUUUCCGACAUCGUAUCACGYCGAGUUACCGACGAUACCCCUCCACGCAUCGAGUACCUUGUGCGUUGGAAGGGCUACCCUGAUGAGGAGGCUACUUGGGAGCCCCUCGAGCACUUGCAGCACGCCAGGAUGUUGGUGCGUGUAUAUGAUCGUGCUCGUCGUGCUGAGACAUCUGCUUCUACUCAGCCGACUGACCCUCUUCCUCCUCCUCCGGCUGAGGAGAUUGCUGAGGACGCACCCGCUCCCUCUGAGGCCGUUCCUCAGCCGCAGACGGUCGCCUCCGAGCGUCCACAGCGCACUCAUCAUCGCCCUUCGCGUUACGAUGACUGACACUCUUAUCCUCUCUCUUUCCCCACUGACUCACACCAUCAGGUACUCCAUCAUCAUCUCUUCUUCAGGAUGUCAGCGUUUUGCGGCUCUGCUUCGA